AUGAUAACUGGUUUGCACCGCUGGCAUUGUCUUUGGACAGGGUUGUGUCAAGUGUGGUUUGAUUUGGUUAGGAUGGCUGACCAAAGGCAAACUCGUGGUCGAGCUGCGAUGAUACGAGAUGCACCUGAAGAGGCUCAUGAUGAGUCAUCUGUGCAUAUAGGGCAACAUGAACCGGCCAACGUAGCAGGUAGAGGCCGUGGGCGUGGUAGACCUAGAGGUCAAGCUGUGGAGGAACAGGAACUAGUUCAGGCUCCUGGGAUACCACAACAACCUAACGCGCCAGACUUCGACAUUAAUCAGUUCUUAGCUGGAGUUGCAGCUAUGCAGGCUAACCAACGUGUUGGUGCAAAUGUCGAUAGAGACAGUGUUUUGGCUUAUAUGCGGCUCAAACCAAUAGAAUUUGAUGGUUCAGGCGAUGCAUUGGAUUUUCUUGAGGAAGUUGAGCGUAAUGCUAGACGUUUGCAGGCUGACGAGAGACAGUCAAUCUUGUUAGUUGAAAUGUCAAUGAAAGGACCAGCAAAAGAUUGGCUUCGACGUAUAAUUCAACCUACGAUGAAUCAAAUGACCUGGGUAGAGUUUGUUAAUCGGUACAGAGAAUUUUAUCUGCCAUUUUCUGUGACCGAGAGUUAUCGAGAUCAAUUGCUGAAUUUGAGGAGAGGAAAUAGGUCAGUGCAAGAAUAUGUGACGGAGUUCACUAGGUUGGGAAGAUUUGCACCUGAUUUGAUGGCUGAUCCAGCAAGGGCGAAUGCGAGUUUUAUCAAGUGUUUAGGACCCGAGUUUAUUAGCCUUGUUUCUGAUGUGAACCGAGAUUUGAUCCAGUUGAUAGACAGUGCACGUCAAAUGGAGACUUCGUUGGUACAGUUUGGCAGAACUGUAAAUUCUACUGCACCAGUGUCGACAAGGAGUGAUCAAGUUGGUGCGACAGCCAAUACACAAAUGUGGUUUAAUCCAAGUGGUUUUACUGGACCGCGACGUAAAAAUUUUAAAGGGGAGAGUAAUAAGCGUUUCAAUACCCCUGGAGCUAGUUCAAGUGGACGUAGCUCAGGAAGUUCUGGAGUUUUAACUCCAUAUUGCCAGAAUUGUCGGAGGAGACACUAUGGAGUGUGUCAUCUUGCUCCAGGAGCGUGCUUUGUUUGUGGCCAACUAGGCCAUUAUGCAAGACAGUGUCCGAUGUCAGGAGCACAAGGGUCUGCUGCCAGUGUUGCUCAACCUUUUCAGCAGCAGCGGAGACCUAUGUUUCCGGCGGCAUCUGGGCAAGGUCAAACUGGUAGUACAUUUACUAAUCAGAGAGGAAGAGGUUUUGGUAAUAAUCGAGGGGGAGGAAGAAAUGGUGGAGGAAGAGGUACUGGUCAGAACUCUCAAGCGGAGGGGAGUCAAGCCAGGGUAUUCGCACUAAACCCACAAGAGGCUCAAGCCUCUAAUGCAGUUGUGCAAGGUAUUUUUACUAUAGCUUUUAUGGAUGCUUUAGUAUUAUUUGAUCCGGGUGCAACACAUUCAUUUGUUUCACCGAGUUGUGCGAUUAAGAUGGGAAAGCAACCCGCUUACUUGCAAAAUCCAUUAUCAGUAGCCACGCCUAUGGGUGAAAGUAUGGAUGCGGACAUAGUUUAUUCGUCUUGUCCUGUGAAUGUUCAAGGACGAGAGUUGCUUGCCGAUCUAAUUUUGCUAGAAGUACUAGCAUUUGAUGUUAUAUUAGGUAUGGAUUGGUUAGCUCGACAUUAUGCGAGUGUGGAUUGUCGCGAGAAGUUAGUGACAUUCAAUACCCCUGGAAUUGAGGUAGUUUCACUUCAAAGUGAAAAAUUAAAAUCCACUGCUAGCAUAAUCUCAGCUAUGAAAGCUCAACAAAUGAUGAGAAAGGGACGUCAAGCAUUCUUGGCUAUUGUGUUGGAUACAGAGAAAGCUCAAGGAACUGUACAGAAUGUACCGUUGGCAAUGGAGUAUCCAGAUGUUUUUCCAGACGAAUUACCGGGAUUACCACCAGAUAGGGAGAUAGAGUUUUGUAUUGAGUUAGCUCCUGGUACCAAACCGAUAUCAAUACCUCCUUAUCGAAUGGCGCCAGCAGAGUUAAAGAUUGAUGAUUUGUUCGAUCAACUGCAAGGAGCAAGGUACUUUUCUAAGAUUGACUUGCGAUCAGGAUACCAUCAGUUAAAGAUCCGAGAGGAUGAUGUUUCGAAAACUGCUUUUAGGACUCGGUAUGGUCACUACGAGUUCCUAGUUAUGUCAUUUGGAUUGACGAAUGAACCGGAGGCUUUCAUGGAUUUGAUGAAUAGGAUAUCCAAACCCUUCUUGGAUCAGUUUGUAAUUGUUUUCAUUGAUGAUAUUUUGAUCUACUCGCAAAAAGUGGCAUUUUUGGGACAUGUUGUGUCUCAAAAUGGAAUCAAAGUAGAUCCAAAGAAGAUUGAAGCGGUUGUGGAAUGGAAACGACCAACUUCGUUAACUCAGAAGAAUGCAAAGUACGAAUGGACAGAGAAAUGCGAUAACAGUUUUCAGAAACUGAAGGAGUGUCUAACGACAGCUCCAGUGCUAGCAUUACCUGAAGGUAUUGAAGGAUUCACUAUUUAUUGUGAUGCUUCAAGGGUUGGUUUAGGAUGUGUUUUAAUGCAACAUGGACGAAGGAGGUGGUUAGAGUUGCUUAAGGACUAUGAUUGCACUAUACAGUAUCAUCCGGGUAAAGCCAAUGUGGUAGCUGAUGCGCUAAGCAGAAAGUCUGCAGGAAGUUUAGCACACGUUACAACAGAGUGGCGAAGGCCAUUGAUCAAAGAGAUCUAUACGAUGUUCAGUCAGAACAUCAGAUUUGAAGUUUCUUAUCUUGGAAGCUUGAUAGCCCAAUUAAGUGUGCGACCAACUCUAAUCGACAGGAUUAGGGAACUACAAGGUGAAGAUCCUCAACUAAAGCGUGUCAUGGAGGAGGUAGAGAAAGGAAAGUGUCAAGACUUCAGUGUUGUUAACGGAACACUGAAGUAUGGUACCAGAUUGUGUGUACCAGAUAUUGAAAAUUUAAGGCAAAAGAUCAUGGAGGAGACCCAUGGAUCAACUUAUAGUAUUCAUCCGGGUUCUACCAAGAUGUAUAGAGAUAUUAAGGAGAUGUACUGGUGGAACAGAAUGAAGCGAGAUAUCGCGGAAUUUGUAGCAAGAUGUCCAGUGUGUCAGCAAGUUAAGCUAGAACACCAAAGGCCAUAUGGAUUUUUACAACCCCUACCCAUACCAGAGUGGAAGUGGGAGAGGAUUACAAUGGACUUUGUGUUUCAGAUAGAGGUUCAGUAUUUACCUCUAGAGUUUGGGGAAGUUUGCAAGAAGCGAUGGGAACGCAGCUAG